CCACGAGGCAGCGUAGUCUUGGCUGGACAGCGACCCGGCGGGAAGUCGAUUGCUCUCUUCCCGGCGCAAGGCGGAUUUAAUUACUAGCUCCUGAAUCAUCCUGGUUGCCCUUCUGUGAAGUAGUUCCAGUUUGUCUGAAUCCUUCUUAAAUGGUGGUCUUCUGAACUGUAUUUAGUACUGGAGGUGAAAUCUCACCAGGGCAGCUGCCACUUGGUGUCCAAGAGAAGCAGUCAAUUGUAGUGGACUGAAUGUAGUGCUAAGGUAAGACAGAACCUGAAGCCCAGCCCAGAGUUUAAAUUGAUCCAUUCACUAUUGUCUCAGCCCAGCCUAUUUUUCAGAGCUAUAACCCCCCUGAAAUCUUCAGAUGAAUAAAAGUAUAAUGAAUAAAUGAAAUACUGGAAGGCUUUGGAUGAUAAGUAAUGAAUAAUAUUUAAAUAUUUGACUGACUUUUCAAAAGUGGACAUAAAACAGACAAAAAUGAGAGACAGACUCUUGGAGUUUUAUGAAUUAUCUAGGCUGUACAGCCAACAUAGUGGAGAUGCCGAGGAUGACUUUCAAAGACCUCAUGAAAUGCUUCUUUUUGAAACUGACCAUGCCAUAGCAAAUCUUUACAAAAACAUUCAAGAGAUUCGAACAAACAAUCACCGUCUGAAGGAAGAUGUGAGACGCUUGGGCAAACAAAACAGCCGUUUCCUGACAUCAAUGCGUCGUUUCAGUAGCAUAAAGCGAGACACAAACACUAUAGCAAAGGACAUUAAGGCCCGUGGGGAAGAGAUCCACAGAAAACUUCAGGUUCUGAGAGAUCUGAGUGAAGAUGCAGAAACAAAAUAUGGUGAAAAUACAAUUGUAACCCGUGUGUGCAAGGACCAUUACGUCGAUCUCAUGCAUGCUUUUCAGGAAGCUAUGUUUAAGUACAAUGAAACUGAGAUGAAAGAGCGAGACAAUUGCAAAAUUAGGAUUCAGCGGCAGCUGGAAAUCAUGGGCAAAGAAGUAUCUGGAAACCAGAUAGAGGACAUAAUUGAGCAAGGCCGAUGGGAUGUAUUCUCCGAGAACCUGCUGUCUGACGCAAAAGGAGCUCGCUCUGCCUUGAAUGAGAUAGAAACUCGGCACAAAGAGCUGAUGAAGCUUGAAUCUCGAAUCAAAGAGGUCCAUGAACUUUUCCUACAGGUGGCAUUGCUGGUGGAAGAGCAGGCUGACACCUUUGAUGUCAUUGCAUUGAACAUGCAGAAUGUCCAAGAAUAUGUUGGGGAUGCUAAAGACGAAGUGAGGAAAGCACUUGAAUACCGGAGAAAACAUCCUUGCCGAACAAUCCUUUGCUGCUGUUUAUCAUGCAUGAAAGGCUAACUGCCCUCUUGAAGCUACUUGAUCAGUGUUAUGGGAAUGCUUAUAAUUUGUACUCAUCUCUUUAUGGUUAUCAUAUUUGUUAUUAAUUAUAUAUGUGUAUGUUUCUCAUUAAAACCAAAGGAUAGUAGCAGUAUGAUACAUACUGAAGUUGUGGGCACUUGUGACUCCGUAGAUGCUGUUGGAUUACAUCAUAUCUGAUAAUGAGCUAUGCUGGUGGAUUGAAAUUGGAGCCUGGAAACAUCUAAAGGGCCACAGAUUCCUGCCCAUUCAUAUAUUUCAAUUUAUGUAAUAAGAAACAAGAUUACCAACCCCCACAUUGCUACCAAAAUGAAAGGCAUACCAGAACCUAUGUAAAACCACAGGAAAUUUUGAUGAGGUGGGUAAUAAAUUAUUCCCAAAUAAAUACAUCCUAUGGAUUUUUAAGGGAGCCAUUGCAAUUGUCAAUUUUUUUCUUGGAGAAAAUAAAUAUGGAAGAAAUUAUGAACCCUAAUUAUAAAUUAUAUAUAAACUGUAUUACAUGGAUAAUGCAGUUUAGACAUCUGGCAGUCAUAGUUGAGCUUAGAGUUUUGAUAAAAGAUUUCCUAUAAGGUAAAUAGUAUACAUUUCUAAAAUGCAUUGUUAUACAAUUAAAUGAAAAAAAUAUUUAUUCUAAUUAUUAUAUAAAGAAAGUCCUUCUUUUUUACCCCAUAGUUUAGAUUAUCGGAGAGAAACUUGCUGAUAAUGGAACCAAAGUAAUAACCCAACAGUCCACAAAAUUUGAAAAUGAGGUCUCAUUUACACAAUAUAUGCCAAAGUUAGAUUGGAGCCAUUAUCUCUGGAGCUAAUAGCAAUCUGGAAGCCUUACAGCAGGGGUGUCAAACUUGCAACAUCACAUUGUCAUCACGUGAUGUAUUGUGACUUUCCACCACCCCUUCGCUAAACCAGGAGUGGGCAUGGCCAGUACAUGACACAUUUAGCCUGCGGGCCACAAGUUUGACACCCCUGUCUUAUAGGAAUGACAAUAGAGGGGAUCAGAAAUCAGACACUGUGAACUUGUGUGGCUGUUUCUUGUGCUGGCAUGCAAAAUGUGUGGCUGAGGGACUGCCUGCAACCUGCUAGCAUCCCAUUUGUGGCCUCAACAGAUGCCUAAAGGAGAUGGGAUUUGACUCAUUCUUUAGGCUUUGCCUGAAUUUUAGCAAACUGUGUCUGAAGAAGCAAAAGGGAUGCUUUCAUCUAUAUAUUGCUAGGGUAUAGUGGAGAAUUGAACAACUACAUGAACCCAUUAAGCCCAAAAGAAACAUCCAAAGCAAUAGAUCUUCAUGCUUAAGAUUUGUUUUAGUCACGCUAGUUUGUCUGUCUGUUUUUAAAGAAUAAUCACAGCAGAAAAAGCUGAAACCAAGAACCUCCUUCGUUUAAUUGUUGAAAGACCAGCUUCAAAAAUAAUAAUAGGAUUCCGUUCAUAUGUUUGAGACUGGUGUGUGAAAUUCAUGUUUUCGGUGUAUCAUGUUUUUUCAGACAAAUGUAAAUAAGUAAUGUAAAUUUGUUUGCAGUAUUUUGUAAGUUUAUGAUAAUUAACUCACUAAUUAAAAUAUUUUUCUAAAAAUU